AACGCUUUACGCGGCACCAUGGCCACCAUCGCCACCUCUUCCCUCACCAGCCGCGUUCGCGUCGCCCCCGGCGCGCGCGCCCUCUCGCCCUCCGCGGCGGCGCCCUUCGCGGCGCCCCGCCCCCGCGGUUCCCUGGUCAUCCGCGCGGACGGUGGCUCGGGAAUCAACCUGGGCGGUUUCCCGUACAUCAUCGCCCGCAAGGCGGGCUUCGAUACGAGUGAGGGCAUCGCCGGGUUCACCCCGUUCGCCGAGCUAUUCAUCGGACGCACCGCGAUGGGCGGCUUCGCGACGGGCAUCGCGCAGGAGCUCAUCACGGGCGACGGCAUUCUCGCGCAGCUGGGCGUCAGGGACCUUCCCAACGAGCAGAUCUUCGACUUUUUUGUCGCCACCCUCGCGCUCUCCACCGUGGCGGGCGUGUGGGUCACCUUCCGCCAGCUCGUCGCGGGCGAGAUGUCGCCCAAGCAGUUCAAGAGGUACCAGAAAUUCCUCGGGCUCACCGCGAAGGACGAGGCGGCGCGGCUGAACGCCACGCGCGAGGCGCAGGAGAAGGAGAUCGACGGCGAGUAUCUCGCCACCGAGUUCAAAGCCGUCGCCGCCGCCGCCAUUGACGGACCGGGCCCCUCCAUGAGCGUCGACGAGGAACUCCAGCUCACGCCCAAGCAGCAGGCGGACGGGUCCAUGGCGUACCUCAAGUCGGUGGAGCUGAACAACGCGCGAUGGGCCAUGGUGGGCUUCGCCGCCGCCGUCGUCAUUGAGGCGAAGACCGGCUUGUCCGUCUUCGACCAGCUCGUCAUGUGGGCCAAGAUGACUGGCGCGGACGUGUCCGUCCUUGACUCCUUCCGCCAGCUCUACUGAGAGAAGCGAAGCGGAUCGCCCGACACCUUAGCGCACGCACCACUGUACCACUAGCCAUUCUUUCAUCUUGAAAUACCAUUUUCCGGAUGCGCAGCCA